AUGACGAAUUCAUUGCCGCAGAAGGAAAAAUCUAAGCCGUCUCAGUGUGACUUGGAAGUUCACUUAACGCAACCUGACGAUGCAAAUAUGUGGACUAAACGUAAGUAAGUUUUAUCGUGUCAACUAUGGAAAAUAGUUUUUCUAGCCCAUUUUCCUUCUACUAUACCUUGACAUAACCGGCAAUUUUGAAAAUAAAAAUAAUAGAGGUAGUGGCUUUGAUGCAUGGACCAUCCAAAUUUGCGUAAAUAAUCUAAGAUCACUUAUGUAAAGUGGAUAGAUAAAGCGAUUUAUUUGACAGUCAUAUACGGAAAAGGUGACGGGUACUUAUUCAUAAUAAAACAGGUAUCUGAAGAGGAAAUAUAAGCAGAAUUUAAAAAAAUUAUAUUUUAAAGUAUAAUAAACGCGGUCCCGUGUAAAAAAUUAGCCUAUUAAUCAACAUGCAGUGCGCUGAGAGAUUUUAAAGUCACAUGAGUCUAAAUAGACGGGCAAAAUUAAGACCAAAGAAGUUUUCUUGUAAAUUAUAUCUUUCUGUAUUCCAUAUUAAACAAAGAAAAAACGUUUCUUCGCAGAUUACAAAAUGCUGCCAAUGUUUCGUCUAGUCUGCUUCGGCGCUCCCAAUAUGCCUUGAAUACGGCAAAGAGUGAAUAUAAUUGGAUUCGUCCAUAGGCUAAAAUUUUACUGACACUGUGCCGUCAGUUAAAGCGUUUACAUUAUCAGCAAAAAUAUAAAUCACACCAAAACAAGGCAAUAUUUUCAUUCUAUUCAACAGCAGUCUUCAGCUGAUCCCUAGAAAGCCAGUGGCUACUUGAUUUCACAUUGACUGACUUUACAAUCGAUAAUUCAAAUAAUGAAAAUAUGUUAUACUCAUCUUUUACGACUGCUGGUAAUAAGCCAAAAAAGAAUACUGGCAAAAAUGUUUUACGUAAACUAUUGUAAAUCAUUUUGUGCCACAUUUCCAACUGAGAGUUAUUGACGACAAAAGCGGGAAAUUUAUGUGCGAGAAAACAUGGAUAAAUAAGAGCGCAAAAACUGAAAAAAGCAUUUAUCAAUUGAUUCCCUUUUACGCUAUGUCAUUUGCUUUUGGUUCAACGACGUUUUGUAAUCAAUCACGGCCACUGUUCCCACAGGAGACAGCUUUUGUUUAUACUGUGCAUGAAAACAUCUCAAAAUCGUUGCUGGGUUGGUUUAUGAUUCUUUCUGACCAGCCUGCACAUGAGGCCUAUGAAUUUGUUAAGGAUACCCGUUCUUAGAUGCGAAGACGUUGUUUAUUUAGUUUUAUCCCAUCUUGUAGAAACCUGCAGUUGGAUAAUAAAUGGCAUAAUUGACGCACAUUUCGCCGAUGUUGAAUGUUUUAAAAGAUUACACAGAAAUAACUGAAGUUAUUUUAUACGUUUUAUCUCAUUUUAUUUGAAAUACCAUCGGAGUAUUUUCGGUUGCGGUUAAGUCAAACUACUAAAAUUUGCAAUUUAGCAACUUCUGGUGUUUAUUUGCCCGAAGAUAAAAAUACUUAUAAUUGGCUGAAAUUCUCUAAUAUUUCUAUCGAUAGCGGAUGAUAAUAACCGCAUUUACUAAAACCAACGUCCAGUUAAUGCGGAAACACAGGAAAAAUGAAAUUGGAGUAGAGUGAAUUACGGUAGAAACGUAUUUCGUUAUAAAAUGAUGUGAAGGCUAAACAAGGAGACGUCUUCCAACAUCCCAGAAUUAACAGGAAGAGCAAGGCUGUGGUCGUUACAUAAAACCACAAUUAAAAUUUGUUUCGGUCAACGAAGAGUGGUCUGAUAAAUCUGAAUAAUUUUGCUUGUCAAAUGCAAAAGUAAUUAAUAAUCAAAAUAUCUAUUACUAGAGUUAACAAAUUUUAUGGUAUUUAAAGUGUUUUUAUGUGAACAUACCUGGUUUGGGCGCUUUUUAUAGAAUGCUUUUACGCUAAAUCAUGUUCUUUAUUAGAUUAAGCAACGGUUUUUUGUUUUCUCUUAAAUAAAAUUUACAAUUCUCAAAAAUACUUCAAAAACAGGUCGCAGAGAGUUUAAAAUGGGCGUCAAUAAUUGAUAAUGAAAAGGAAAGAUGCUUUAAAUCCUUUGGGCAGAUUGUCAUUAUAAAUUAAUUAAAUAUUAGCAAAAUGUUUCCCGAAAGAAAUAACGAAAGACCCUGCCUAUGCAUGAACUGCAGCGUUUAUCCAACAACCAGACUGAUAUCUGUUCCGGUCAUCACCCGUUCGUUGCUAAAAAAGUUCCAUAGGGAAGUCUUUUUCCAUUCACAACAUAUAUCAACUUUGUAGGCGUACAGUUUGUUGCUUUUUGGUAGACUCAAACUUUUUAAACAUGUCUCUUACCUUCUAAUUAUUUGAAGAGUAUAUUGAUGCAAAGCACGUUUUAGGAGGAGUAGCACGCAGUGGGCAUUGUUUAUUGCGUUAUUUAACAAAAAAUUAAUGUGUUGGUGUCUGGCUAUCCACUUAUAGGUAUUUUAUCAGAGAUAACAACAGGUUCUCAUAAUCGUACUUUUUGGGCAAAAUGAAAAUAUUAUUUAUUGUGACAAACAAAAGUCUUUUGAAUAAUACUUUGCUCGUAAGCAUUACAUUCUGCUUGGAACAAAUUAUAAAUUCCAGUAAUCAUAGAUUAGUUCUUAAGUAAAAAAAGGCAGGGAAAAUGUUCUUGCAAAUAUAACUAACUGGUCAUGUUCCUCCUAUGAUUCGAUCGCGUACUUUUUAAAAAAGGAUUCUUCGCACAGUAAUGAUCACUGACUUAUUUUCUCGAUGCACAUCUCGAUUCGUUCUUUCCGUCCGCCAGCCAACUUGGCCGUUUGAAAAAAUGAAGAUUAGGUUUAAAAGAUUUUCGCUUUGUAUAGACAACGCAAUCGUUUGAUCUCUUAUUGCAAAUUUCUUAAGUUGUAGGCAAAUGAAUGCAGUGUCUCCUGUUUGUCAUAGAUGUAGACUUUUUUACGUCUAAGAACUCUCUUUUGCCAGAAAACUGUUGUUGUAUUCCAUUGUCAACCCUGUCAUCAGUUCGGUAGCUCGGCCGAUAUCGGGAGGCAUCGGAAUUUUAAAUAGUCAAAAUAUAUGUUGGUCGUAGUUAACAACACACCACAAAAGUGCAAGGAUUGCAUUUUAUGGCAAAUACUUUUUGAAUUUUACAGAAGGAUCUUCUCUGAACACAUUCUGUGUGUUAAAAUUGCAGAGAUUUCUUUUGUCCUGAGGUCUUAAGUCAAGGCGUCAAUAUAAUUUGAAUGAAAUUUUCAUCUGAAGGUACUGUAUUUUCCCAAGUCCUUCGGAACGCUGUUGCCAAGGCCGCUUGAAAGAUGCCUGCAAAAAAUCAGUUAUGUCUCCGCAACGCAUUAUUUCAUUUGUCGGUUUAAAAAGCCAGGCUCAUAGUGGGCUUCCAUGGAAACGGACUUAUAGCUUUGCUUGUAGUACUUUGUUGCUUAUAAAUGUAAAAAUAGCCUUUUGAGAUUCAGUGACAGUAACCCAAAUUUUUGUAUCUAUGCGUUGCAACAGUCGUUUAACGUUCGGUAAAUUUUUUGAAUAGAGUUCGUGUCCUUUACCGUCAGUAACGUCACAUCCUUAAGUACGGUAAUCUUGCCGUCUUUCACUGUUCAAUUCCCGCAAAACCUGCUGGAGAAAUUACGCACAAGUCCUGCAGCCUCUUUUGACGCAUAUAUACCGGUUGCUGAUGCGGGAUACGAGAGAUUUUAAACCACUUGGUUGGUUGGUUGAAAUGUUUUAGGUGCCAACGGGGUUUGUUGAUCCUUUUCCGCCUUAGAUGAACACUGUCAUAUUACCUGGCAUUUUGAGAGAGCGAUGUCAUUUUGCUUUCUGCCGAAAUUAUUUAUGAAGUUUACACCCGAAGAGUAAAAACGUUGCUCAGUCUUAAGAACGGUGUAAAAACCAUAGAAACUUUGAGGCAGACUAAAAUUUACCUAAUUUUGCCAUAAGACAAUUAUUUGGGAUCUUUAAAAUCUAUGCGUACCUGGACGGUAAAAGAGACAACAGAUUGCACUUUUAGUACUGAAGCCUGGAUAACCUGUUCCAGUCUCUAUCUGAAUAGUUUUCUGACGGUGGACUAAACGUCUAAUAACGAAAUAUAUAUUAUUUAAGAUUAAUUACUUGCUAUAUUUUUAACGAUAUUUAGAAGACGGUUCGGUCUAAUACGCUCGGACAGAACCUUUUUGGAGAAGUAGCUCUGCCCAGCUAGAGUUAGAAUCAUUGAAGUAAAUGAGUCGAUUCAUUCGUCUUUUAGAAACUAAGGGCUAUUUCAGUUUAUAUCAUACUUUAUGGCGGCUCACUUUUUCUUAGUUUUGCUAUACUUGAAAAGUGCGAAAUAAUUUUAUUCUCACUGAAAAGGACAGCUGUCUCAGUCGACGUCGGAUGUGAUUUUCGUAACGGGCUUAAAACCUGACUCCGUGUACGUAUUCGUUCUGAGCCUUUUAUGCAAUCGAUCGAGCGAGGUCAAAAGCAACCUGAUCUCCGCCCGAACUAGGCGGUUAUCCGCCAGCGUCAAUGACAGUGCAGAAACGCUUUAUGCCCACAGUAAGUUCUUUAAAUGCAUGCGUAAAUCACUUCACUGUUACAAAACUCCCAGUCAACGUUGCAUAGGCUUGAAAAUUACUGGCUUUUUCUAACUAAGUCGGCACCAUUUUUAAUGGACAGUUUCAGUCCUAACAAGGCAAGGCUCCCAAGAACAUAGAUAUAUCUCAUGAAAACGCACAUUUGCAAUGAAUCUUUAGAUAUGACUUUCAAGACUAAACAAGCACUUCUGUUGAAAGCUUGUUUGGCCUUAUUCAAGUACGAAAGCAUGGAGCAAGAUUUCAAAACAACGUACACUAGUCAGGUUUUUCAAUUUACUCAACUUUUUGCCUUCUUCUACGUCUUUGACGACCGAAAUGACUUGGCUCAUAACCUCACUGUGUAAGGUAACGCUGUGUGCUGGGAGGAAUGCAGUGAUUUCAGGGCCAAGCUACGGCCUUAAUCCUCUAAGACGUAGUAUAAUUCUGUGCUUAGCAUGAACCCUCAAACUACCCACUUGUAUUGUGAAAAUGUUUGCAUGACCGGUCAUAUGACGAUGCCUUUGAUAGAAUUUUCCAAAAACCGGAAAAUGCCUACUAAUACCUCUAAAGAGGUAAAAUACCCAGAGAAAGGUUUUCAUUCUUUAAGCUUCUGAGCAGCAAAUUCGACUACCCACCUAAAAAGAUGGCAAAACAAGCAAAGUUUGCGUUGAAGGACGUUAAGAUCCGACAUUUCACCUCGUAUUUCCACAGACUGAAAAAAAUUUCGAUACUUUUCUCAGCAUCUGGACUCCUGCAUGCGUAUCUACAAUUGUCGAUCUGCUUUUUUCCUAGUGAAUACAUUCUCUGCGGUUAACUGAAGUCGGUAGACAGUAGCAGACUUGCUACUGUUACGCAUGUGCUUUUCGAUGCAUGAUGCCUCUUCAUAGACGUGUUUCAAGUCUGUGACCGGUUUCCCUUCCGAGGGACAUUGAGGAUUUGCCAUUGUCUCUGAGAUAUCAGUUGCGCGGGGUAUUCAAUGAUAGCCAUUCUGUUUGGCUUUCUCAUGCCCUAUUCGUGGGCCCUGCUUAAUAAUGACGAACGCUUGAGUACAUUUCUACGUCGUGAAUAACUUCCGUUAGGGAUUAUUACCGUUACUCUCUGUGUUUGGUCCGCCGCGGUAGGCUUGCUAUCGCCACUAAAGGAUGCGUGUAUAGUACUGUUUGUUAAGUAGCAAGUGUGUGUUGUAGUAGCAUAAUCCCUAGAAAGCUUGGAAGCCUUUGUCACCAAAUGAAUACACUAGUUGUUAGUUUGACAGGAUAGUUAAAACUGAUCCAAGGGCAGGUUUACGUAUGCGUUUUUAUCUAUGGAAUGAGGUUGUAGACUUGGGGAAUGUACAUCAUUGGACGGUUGGCGUGGCAGGGAGAUCUAAAGAUUCCAUUUCAUUGGUGGGCGGAGAAGAAGCCAGCGUGCAACCUCGUCUGCCGUGCUACGCUGCUCGUUUGGAAAGUUGUCCUCCAAGUCAGAAUGAUUUAGAGCAUAUUUUGGCCGGAGUAAUUGCAUGGUUUUGAAAAGCGCACGCUAGCAGCAUAGGAUGCUGUUUUCCAUAAGUAUAAUGACUGUCUGGGCUGUCAAAAUUAUGUGAAAAUGUAGUAGCAUUUAUCGGGUUGUCUUAACACUAUGAAAAGAUGACAGCAGUUUUUCAAACCGUUUUUGCUAUCAAGCGUCCGUUAAGAAGGGUAGAUCAGCACUCACCCACCUCGGCUCAACGAACUGUCUCCUCGAAGUAAUUCUAAAUCGCGUCACGUCCCCCCCCCCUUCACCUGUCGCUUAACAUUCUAGCCAGUGAAUAGGAACUACCAACAUUCUCAGUCACUUUAAUCUUAUUUAGUCUUUCGCCUACCCACGUCUUCUUUAAAAUGUUUAAUUAUGUAUUGGUCAACGAACACAAAGUCGUCAUAUACAGUAAGUUCGUAAUCCGCUUCUAUAAUUUUUAAAUCUGUCUUCCUAUGACCCCAAAAAGAAGUCGCUGCACCGAAAUUGGUGAGUGCAUCGAAGUACCCUUCAAUCGCUUCCAUCCUAUAUCAUGGAGAGUGAACUCUUCCCUAAAGUCAACAUAGUUUUUAUUAGGUUCCACAGUAAAUGUGCUAUCUCAUGAAAUGCUACUUAAAACCGAAAUUUGUCCUUGUCGUAAGAUGAUCUGCCACGCGUCAGCGUUGAAUCUUACAAUUGAAAAAGCAUAUAUUUUGGUCUUAAAAGCCCCAAUUCCUGAAUAGUUUUUAACACAGCCUGCCGUUACACUUGCAAAUAGGAUUUCAAAAAUACAAGCCAUAAAUCCCCCUGUAAGAAAAAUCACAAGGUUACAUAUGCUAUUAAGAAGAUGUCAUAUAGUGUUCAUAACUUUCGCAAUUGAUAUGGACUACGUUGUAUAUUUUGCAUGCAGUAUUAUUGAGCGGAAUGAUACAAUGUUUCAUGGGCAGACAUUUCCGGACGCAAAAAAUUUCAUAUUUAGAAUCGUUUAGGGCAAAAUCAGUGGUCGUCUGCUAAUCAAUUGUUUUCAAUUUCCGGUGUAACAGUUUAUUUUCACUUGUGCAACCAAAAAACCUUUAGCAAAGGACAGGGCUUGUCAAUUUAAAGAAAACUAUUACAGUUUAUCAAGCAUAAUUUACCACAAACACUGGUUUCCUAUAAGGUUGGGCAGUCGAACAUCUCUAAAACAGCUCCGCUAUAACUGUUCUCUGUCAAAGAUUUUGCGAUUUAGCGAACAGUAUGCUAGUUUCAUAUACAACUGCGCACCUGCAGAUCUCGUGAAUUUUCUUGAGCAUUGCCAUGGCUAACUUAAGUUAUUCUUGGGAUUUAGUACUGUCCACAAAAUAAGACACUUUAUUGUCUUUUUGUAUCCCUGAUGUUUUAGAUUCUCAAGUAGUGGCAUCAGCGUAUGGGACUGACCACUAUGCUGAAGUGACUAACUGCAAACAGACGAGUCUCACUGAAACUGACCAGAAGAAACUGAGAGGGAAAUUGGACCUCCGUGGCCAGUACAUCUUGGCUGCCGGUGCAUGUUUAGCGAUCAUCGUAGUUUUGGUUCUUUCGGUCUGUCUGCACUGGCAAAACGUUCGUCACACGCGUAGAAUCCCUGUGUUUCAGCAUCAGCUGUGCCAAAAGACAGCAACUCAGUUCUGUGUCCAUUGCAGGAACAAUGAAAGGCACUUGGGAACUCCCGCGUUAGGCAACCAAAACAAUCUGGUUUAUGCGUGUACAGAACACACCUGUAAUCGUUCAGACCCAGCGGCAACAAAUGAAGCGCGACAACAUUUUCUGUCGAGAGGUCUGUGUGUUAGCUGCAAUAACGGGAAAUCAAUAUGCAUUCCGAUUGAAUAUCAGACUCCGAGAGUCCACAAUAAUUUGAUUCCCAACAAUUAUAAAAAUAUUUCGAAAACUAGAAAUUCCAGUGGGGACAGUGUGCCGAAGACUGACGCAACAGAAGUGUGCAAAUUCGUAUCUGUGUGUGAGUUGCAUGCACUUUGUCGUAAGUUUAACUUUAUUCAUCUGCUCUGCGUUAAAGUAAAGAUUAGUUAACAAUUACAGUAACAGUUUUCAAGGGAUCCUUCGUUUGCUCCGGUAGCAUCCGCCAGGGUACUGCAAUCUUGAAAUGCAAUUUAAUCUUUAAAUUAGGUUUUAGUUUAGGACCUAAUGAAAUAACGUCACAUGAGUCGGGGCUCUAAGUCCUAGGUGUGACUAUUACUAGGGAAACGUCAGUACAUACUGUUAUAAAUAUUCUGGGGAACUGCAGGUGGGGCUACGUUAACGGCGGUAUUUAACGUUAGCCUCGACAAAUUGUCCUAUUAGCCCCCAGCGGCUUCCCUUGUUUACUUAAGAAUUCAGUGUACACUGAUGUUGGAAGUUGUUCAUGUUAUAUGAUAGAAUUCAUAGUUGGAUGGGAUGGGUUUAAUAAAAAAAACACGCUUAAAAAUUUUAUGUGAAAAGAAUAAGCUUCACUUUCAUGCAAAAACGUAUUGGUUCUGAUAGGUUGAUUUAAGUGAUGUUGGAAAUUAUAGCAAGAAUUACUCCUCCAUUAAACUUCGCUUAUCAUAUUUUUUAUUUUUUAGCAUCGAAUGCCUCAUUGCCGAACGUCGACAACGGGUAAAUUUAAAUAUAUUUUCCUCACUGCAAAAAAUGCAAUGACUUUGAGAAUUCUAACAAAUGUUUUUGGCAUCUUAUUUCGAAGAUAUAUUGCUAAUUAGUUUGAUGAUAAGUUCAUGAUUUCCAUAACUCCUACCUUUGAACCGGUUACUUUCGUACGCGACAAGUGGUCUUUAUGUAAUAGGUAAACGCACAAACGGGAGAGCAGAAAAAUGACCACUGAUUCUAAAGACUAAGGAGGAUCUGAAACCGGGUAGAUUUCCUUAGUCCGAUGUCGCAAAUUCGCGCUUGAGAUCGUUGUCAGAGGCACAGUAGUGUGCGUGGUUGCUCAUCACCAGUAUAUUCGAUGCAGGCGUGGUCGUGUCCAGGUCCUCAAAUAGAUGGGGUUUCGCUGUGCCAAUUCUUACUAACUCUAAGGCGUCUCGAAAACUUUGGCCAUAAGCGCCCGGUACAGAGCGCAACGUUCAUCUUUGCGCCUUCCUGUUUCUCAUGAUUUAACCUUUGCCAGUGCCUCCUCUGCUACAACUCAAAUCGUGCAUGUGAAGGCUGGCUCCCAGGGACAAUGGAGAUCCCAAUCGUGUACAGCUGACAAACCAUGACCAAUUGCAUUACGCAGGCAUAGUCCUAACGCCGCAUAUAACGACGCAAACGCUCUGCGUUUAUUAACUAAUCUUGGACUAUAAAGCACUGGCUUACGCAACGUACGGAGUCUUAUCUCAAGAGGAUUUUACUCCCGAUGAUGUUGUGUGGUUGUGCGAAGCCAACCACUGAUUGUUGUUUGCCAACAUUCCCUUUCAUGUCACGGCGUACCCCGUUAUUCUCGUUUCCAGGCUUUAAAUAUAAUUGGAACUGAACUGUGUCAUUUAUAAUUAACGAUACCUAAAACGUAAUUCCACGCUAAAGUACUUUAUGAUCUUGUUAAUUAAGUUCUAACUGACUUGGCCUCCGAUAGACGUUAGAAGCAUUAUUUAAGUAGUCAGUUGGUUUUAUUUGCCCUGGGUGCUGGGGUUCCUCCGUGAGACAGUGAUAAACGUGGUUCUAAAGGCAGUACUACGAAGACAAAUAGCGACCUCAAUUAUGGGUAUUAGGUCAGGCACUCGAAAGUAGUAUGUUAUUGAUCAGCGGCGUGGAUGCACAGAGCAGCGCCAUGCAAAAACCGCCGUACACAUGUUUUCAAUCAUAGGUUUGGAAAUCGGUUAGAGUGCUUCGGCGGCCCUUGCCACUGGUGUGAGACAUCUCGGUUGGAAAUAAAACUAAACCUUCAUGGAUUAAUAAAAUGACUGCCCAGCGAAUGUUUUGGAUAAGGUGCUUACCAUACUUUCCCUUGUCCUGCCAAGUUAUACACAAGGCUAAUAUUAGUCAAUAAUUUAACGAGGCUAAAGUUGGGUUUAUUUUUCAAAAUCUAAAAAAGUGGUAGCAAGUAUUUGGUGCACUUUGAGAAAGAUAGCUAGCAUUUGACUACUUUAUAAUGGCAGAUCACACGGUUCACUGCAUUCCACAAACGAAGACCUCAAAGCUGAAUACACGCAUACAACUAUGACCAUUCUGGUCAUAAGCAUAAGUCGGAAGCAGUCCAGAAAUCUAAAUGGUCCUGAUAGUAUAAAAUAAACUUUUUCUCGUUCUCAAAUUAAACAUUAAAAGUUUAUUGAAUACGAUCCGUAGAAAAGGUCGGGUAUAUCUUAUCAGUUUCAAUUAAUAUAAAAUUCACUUGAUAUAGAAUUGUUCACUUUGUGCACUUUUCAAACAUUCUGCCUUCUAUCAUUAUCAGGAAACAUCUCGCACCCCAUCAACUACAGAAAAUCACGAAAACGAACAAAAUUUCUAAGUUCAGCUCAACUCAGGACCGUACGGACGGAGCAAACUCAGGAAAAUCCCGAAGUUCUUAG